GGUCUCCCUCUCCUUUCUUCUUCGUCUUUCCCGUUCAUCGAGUCUUUCUGUUCUCGAUGGCUGGUAAUAGUGGUGUCGCACCUUCUGCGCCGGCCAAUGGUAAAGGUAAGGCGCGCGGCAAGGCGGUGGUCGACAAGGCGGCCGCUGCUGAAAAGAAGAGGGGUGGGAACAACCCUAGGGAUUCUUUCCCCGUCAUCACUGGCUAUGAAUGGGUCAGAGGGGAUGUCGAAGAGUUCCAGAGCGUCCUCAAAUCAUUUCUUGAGGUUAAUGCGAUGUGGAAAUUGCUUAGGAUUUGCUAAGGAUCCAUUUCCAAGGUCAUCCGGCUCGAGCCUUGUUAGCCUGGUGAGCAUGUGUAUAUGGGGGUACUUCUAAUCCCCCCUUUUUCUACAUGUACCAGUGUUCUUUUAGGGAUUUAGGUGUAUGCCUACCCUUCACUCAAUUCGAGUGCGAUUUUUUGAAUUUUAUCAACGCGGCUCCUUGCCAGCUGCACCCCAAUAAUUGAGGUUUUUUGAGGGCUUUUCAAGUCUUGUGCUCGGCCUUAGGAAUAGGGUUGUCACUGCUUGUUUUCCUCCAUUUCUACCAACUUAAGUUGGGUGAGCCUCCCCAUGGUUGGCUGUCCUUGAAUGGGAGUAGGGCCAGGGGGUUGUUUACGUUGUAUUCCCAAUCAUACAAGAGCUUCAAGAAGGAGUUCUUCCGAGUUCUGCCUAAAGAGGCCGACCCGCUAAAGGAUGAAGUGUUCCAUUUUGGCGGGUUGCCGAGGUUCCCUCUUUACUGGCAACAGGAUCCGAUCAAGUUCAACGGGUCGGGCGGUCUUCAGCUGACGGCUUCGGAUACUGCUGCCAUUACCAACCUAGCCGCGCUCCCACGUCCCCUGGAUUGCAAGCUCGUCUUGUCGCUUGCUAACUUGGCGAACAAGGAAAUGGGUCUAGAGAGUGAGUACCUCGUCAUCCUUAGUCGUCAAGGCUUCUUUCGUUUUCUUUUCCUCAUGUAUUUGGCUUUUGUACUUGCAAGUAUAAUGGGGAGGAGCAAGUGGCACGAGCUGAAAGCCCGCUACAAUGUUGCCGAGAUCGAGGUUCCCGACCCCCUCGAGGAGGAGGUUGCUCCCCUUGAAACUUGUCAAAAAAUAAAGAGGGGAGAGAAGGAGGUCGGGGGGACCUCUACCCCUCAAGACACUGGAGAGGUGACUUCGAAGGCCGUUAAUGCCGACGCAAUCGACCUAACCGGAAGUCCUCCUCCUGAGGGGACGUCAUCUCGAGCUGUUGCGAAGGAGGUAGCUCGUGAGGCGCAGGCGGGGCCUGUGCCAACAUCUGUCGAGGUGCGGGUAGAGCCGAGCUCGGAGGUGCCAAGGCCGGAUAUCUCAGCUACUAUACAGGCGGCGCCUACCUCAACUCCCGCCGAGGCCUGCAGGGAGGGGUCGAGUUCUGGGGCGCCGUCAUUGACCCCUGCGACCGCUGCACCGCCUCAACCUCAACUAGGGGCUCCGAAGGGGAAGUGCAUCAUACAACGCUUCGAUGUCACUUGCCCCCUGGCGAGGUUGGACCAUGUGAGCAUGUCAUCAGACUUCGACUCGAUGUGGAGUACGAGGAUGACUAUUGAGGCUUUCUACUCGCGAGGGUCGCUCCGCUCUGCCAACAAGGCGAUCAUCGAGAAGGUCGGGCCAGUGGAGGGUCUAGACUCUACGGAGGUCUUCAUGCAGAGAUCGAUCACGAUCGUGGACUAUUGGAAGCGUAAGUGGUCGAAGAUGCAGGGGGAGCUCAAAAGUGCUAGAAGCCGAGUUCAGCCACUAGAGGAGGAGAACCAGGCUUUGGGGGUCGCUCUGAGUGAGGCAGUAAAGAAGAAUGAGGCCGAGCUGCAGGCCACGAGGAGGGAUCUCACAAGGACUCAGAAGUCCUUGGAGAUUGCUUUGAGGGCUAAUGAGGUCUAUGCUUCCCAGGUUGGCAAGCUUCAGGAGAUCGCCAACUCUUCUCGGGGUCGAGUGCGCUCUCUUGAAGAUGAGGUCUCGGGGUUGAAAGCUGAUCUGGCGGAGGCGGCUAAGAGGCGUCUCUAUGACGAGGUGCUUUUGGCGGGUAAGGAAGAGGAGGCUAGUGCCUUGAAGGCGGACCUUGAUCAGUUGGUUGCAGCAAAGACGGCCUUAGAGAGGAGGCUUGUUGAGACCGAGCGAGCUAUUUUGCUGGAGCACAAGAAGGGCUUUGUCAAGGCAGCUCGUCAGGCGAGGUUACUUGCGCCCGUGGUCGACCUUUCUACUAUGCACAUAGAGAAAGAGGUCCGAGCUGGGCGGCUGGUGAAGGAAGACGACCUCCCUGAUAGCUAGAGCGAGAAUACCACAACUUAGGCUGCUGUGUUUGUAAUAACUUAGUUUAUUUUUAUAUUUUUCUCACUUUCUGAACUUGUGUUUUGAAUUUAUGAACUCGUUUAUCAACAAUGUCCAUUCUAUACACCUGUAAUUGUAUUGAUAACUCCGUGCAAGGGAGCUGACCUUGUGUCCUGACUUACCUCGGCCUGCACCGCACCGUCAGUGUUUUGCUGAGAAGCGGAGGGUUGGUCCGUACGUGUCCCGGAACCUUAGCCUCGUCCUCAUCCUCGUCCGUGGUAGCCUCGUCUGUGACUUUGUUGCCGUUGGACGUAUUGUCCGAGGUUCCCCCCUGGACGAGUUCCUCUAUGCGAUCUCUGAGUGUGUGGCACUCCUCGGUCGUGUGACCAUAAUUUUUAUGGUACUGGGAAUGCUUAGAUUUGUCCGCACUGUUGCGACUGUGUCUAGGUGGUGGCAGAGUGAGCAGAUUUUUGUUGCUGGCCUCUUCCAAGAUGUGUACUUGGGGUGGGGGGUGUAGAAGUCAUACCUCCCUCCUUUGUUUGCCCUAGUCGCCUUCUUGAAUUGGUUGUCGUUGGUGACUUUCAUCUUGUCUUUGUGGCUGUGGUCUGGCUUUGCCUGUGCUUUUCCAUGGACUUGGUCGCGGAAGGCGGUGUGUUCUUCCAUCUAAAUGUACCCUGCAGCUCGGGCAUGGAGUUCGUCCAUGUAUGGGGGAGGUCGUCGACACAAGCUAUCCACGAAAGGUCCUAGCUUGAGUGCCAUGAGCAUGGCGUGAAGGGCGACCUCGGGAUUUAAGUUGCGGAUCUUGACCGAGGUGCUAGCGAAGCGCUCCAUGAACGCCCUCAACGGUUUGUCUUCGCCCUGUCUGAGGCUGGCCAAGGUGGCUGAUGUGAUGUGGUGAGGCUGACUCGUUGCGUACUGUGCCGUGAAUCGUCUCACCAAAGUGUCGAAGUUGUCAAUUGAUCCUGCUGGCAAUUGAGUAUACCAGGCGAGUGCUUCUCCUUUGAGCGAGGUCGAAAACACCCUACACAAAAUAGCAUCCUCGUUAGUGUAUAGGUUUACUUGUGUGACAUACAGAUCGAUGUGCUCGUCUAGGUCAGCAAUGCCAUCAUAACGGUCGAUGUUGAAAGUAUACCAGGCGAGUGCUUCUCCUUUGAGUGAGGUCGAAAACACCCUACACAAAAUAGCAUCCUCGUUAGUGUAUAGGUUUACUUGUGUGACGUACAGAUCGAUGUGCUCGUCUAGGUCAGCAAUGCCAUCAUAACGGUCGAUGUUGAAAGGCUUCCAUCCAAAAGGCAGGGGCGUCUCCAUGAUGUCGUCAACAAAAGGAUGGCGGCGGAU